CGGAAUUGUCUCCAUUGGUGCCACCUGAGUGUUUCUCAGCUUUCCCAGCAGUCGCUGGUUGCCUCUAAGUGGGUUCACAGCUCUGCUUUUCCUGGCCAUUGCUCUGGGAACCCAGGUGCUCUCUCCCUCCCAGCUGCCAUCCAGCCCAAGGAUGUACCUACCUCCAGGUCCCAGGAGCCCUCAGUAGAAGGUGGAGCAGGUGAUGGGGAUCAUCUGCCACAUGCCCCCAGCAAUGGGAAUCAGGAAGAGUUUGAUGUUACCCAGCACAGCAGUGCCAGGCCUCAGGUACCACUGGAGCAAACCAAACAGCAGCUUUCAGGAACAGCAGGGAUGCUGGAGGAGGCUUUGGGCUGACAAGGGAGUGCCUGAGAUGGGCUGUAGAUCUGGGAAUGGAGACAAUUACCUUCUGUCCUACAGCACUGUUACAGGCCUGAGCCCCUAAACACUCAGCAAAGACACGUGGGUUUAACUUUGCAAUCCCACAGCUCUCCCAAAGAUGCCAGGGGCAGAGGCUACCAUGGGCAGAGACCAACACAGCCCCAGUGCCCAUCAUGUGUGGCAUCUCUGCACCUGCGGGGCUGCGACGGGGAUGCGGCAGCAGGGAGCUGAGUGGGCUCCCCGUACCCCGCAGCACUGGCUCGUCUCUCAGUCGCUGCCCCGGUGCCGUGUCGGGGCCGGCCGCUGCCCGUAGCAGCUGUACCCCCCUCUCCGCCCCCCUCCCCGGCUCUAACCCGCUGUGAAUGGCACCGAAAGCGCCUUUGUUCCCCUCGCCGCGGGGGAGGGUCGCGCUGCCCGCGGCUAUAAGAGGCGCGGCGGUGCCGAGCGGCCCCGCUCCCAUCGCCGUCCGUGCCAUGGGCCGUGCCCCCGCCGCCGCCGUGUUCCUGUGCCAGCUGGGGCUCGCCGCGGCUCUCCAGUGGCUCGGGCUGGCGGAGAGCGGCGGCGGGGUGCGCUGGAACGAGAGCCAGCACUGCCGGCUGCUCGCCGCGCUGCUGCCCGACCAGCUCCAGGUGUGCCGCAGGAACCUGGAGGUCAUGCACAGCAUCGUCCGGGCCGCCCGCCUGACCAAGAGCGUCUGCCAGAAGACCUUUGCAGACAUGAGGUGGAACUGCUCCUCCAUCCAACGUGCCCCCAGCUUUGGCCCUGACCUGCUGAAAGGAACCCGGGAGGCUGCGUUUGUCCACGCCUUGGCAGCAGCGGCCGUGCCACACGCCAUCGCCCGCGCCUGCGCCUCGGGAGAGCUGCCGCUCUGCUCCUGCGGCGCCGGCCCUGGUGAGCCCCCCGGCCCCGGCUCCCGCUGGGGCGGCUGCGGGGACAACCUGCGCUACGGCCUCCAGCUCGGCGCCGCUUUUGCUGACAGCGCCUUAAAAUCCAGCAAGGCGGGGACGCAGGCGCUCCAGGCGAUGAACCUGCACAACAAUGCCGCGGGCCGGCAGGUGCUGAGUGACUCCCUGGCUACCAAGUGUAAAUGCCACGGGGUGUCAGGCUCCUGUUCAGUGAAGACCUGUUGGAAGGGACUGCCAGGCCUGGAGGAAAUUGCCUCUGACCUUAAGUCCAAAUACCUGGCAGCUGUCAAGGUGACCCACAGGCUCGUAGGGCUCAGGAAGCAGCUGAUCCCCAAAGAAAUGGACACUGGGACAGUGAGAGAGACUGAUCUGGUUUAUCUCAUCAACUCUCCCGACUACUGCGCACCAAAUGCCCAGCUGGGCUCCCUGGGCACUCAGGACAGGCACUGCAACAAAAGCUCGGUGGGCAGCGACAGUUGCGACCUGCUGUGCUGCGGCCGCGGCUACAACAGCUACACGGAGGAGGUGCUGGAGAGGUGCCAGUGCAGGUACCGCUGGUGCUGCUACGUGGCCUGCAAGAGGUGUUGGCACAAGGUGGACAGAGCAGGACAAAGAGCUGCCCUCCUGCAGCUGACCAGCAGCCCUGCCUCCAGCUGGGCACGAGCCAUUGAUCACUGGGCAGGCACAGGGACCCCAGGCUGCCAUUGUCUCCUGGCAGGAGGCUCCCGACAGUAGCCUGAAAGCAGAGAAUGAUGGAUGGGAAGGGAGGUACAGUGUUGUCAAUUGGGAGAAGUCUGCAGGGGAAGAAACCUGCCUGGGGUGAGGGGGUCACGGCCAGCUCCUUGGGGACAGGCUGCUGUGGGCUCACCCAGCACCCCGAGUGUUCCUCCUCAGAGGCAAACAGCAGCCCGGGGCCCUUUGCAGCAUCUGAAAUGAAGACUGAGCUUGGACAUGUGGUUAUGGCUCCAGGAGACAGAACUCAUCAAUCCUCCCCAGGACCUGCACAGAGAUCCCUGCUGCUUUCACUGGUGGCUGGUGAGAGCAGGCAGAGCUGGACAGGAGCAGGGCAGAGUGGCAAGUGGCACCCAGCAGCCUUGGAUCAGCAAGGCAGUGCUGGGGCUUCUGCUUCUGGGCUUCUGCUUCUGUGUUGCAGGUGGAAGCUCACUCAGCACCUGGCUUGUGUUUUCUGUCCCUUCUUUCAGACCAGCAAGGUUUUCAGCCCAUUCCUUCCAGUCCCUCAAUUCCAGGUGUGCUGGCACUGGCAGGGAGACAGGGCACGACUCCAGGGCCCUUGGGAAACCCAAAUGGCCCCUGGGUCUCUGUACUCAGUGUGAGGGGCAGGCUGGUGUGUGGCUUGUAAAUAAAUGUACCUCUCUGUGA